AUGCACCGGCUGCGAUGUGGGGUGGUCUCCGCGGUCGUGGGUAUGGGUGGGAUGAGCACCUCGCAGCUAACGAAGGAGUUUGACCGCCACACACACAAGCCGACCGCCGCCGAGGAGUCACGGCACAAGAAGAAGCGCCUGACUGCCAUGGAGCGCGUGCAGCUCUUCUGCGACCCCGGCACGUUCCGCGAACGUGAUGCCCUGGUUGAGCACGAGUGCCAUAAUUUCGGCAUGGAGAAGAGGAAGGUGCCUGGUGACGGUUUCAUUACGGGCACGGGCAAGGUUUUUGGCCGCCCUGUGUUUCUCUUCUCGCACGACUUCACGGUGUUCGGCGGCUCUCUCUCCGGUUCCAACGCCGCGAAAGUGGUGCGCAUCAUGGAGGAGGCCGCCAAGAUCGGUGUGCCGGUGAUCGGCUUUAACGACUCCGGUGGCGCUCGCAUUCAAGAAGGUGUGGACUCGCUGGCUGGCUACGCUGACAUUUUCCUCCGUAACACGCUCUUCUCUGGUGUCAUACCACAGAUCUCCAUGAUCAUGGGCCCUUGUGCCGGCGGUGCCGUCUACUCGCCCGCCAUCACCGACUUCACAUUCAUGGUGGACAACUCGUCCUAUAUGUUCGUGACAGGUCCGGAGGUGGUGAGUGCCGUGGGUGGCAAGCUAGUCACCAAGGACGAGCUCGGCGGCCCGUGUGUGCACGCGACCAAGUCGGGUGUCUCAGCGGGUACAUUCCCGAACGACAUCGUUGCGAUGGCGCAGCUCCGCCGCCUGUACUCGUAUCUGCCACUGAGCAACCGCGACUCUGCCCCGGUUGUGCCGACGGCCGACAACCGCUACCGCGACGUCUCCUCACUGAACACGGUCGUGCCGGUGGAUGUGAAGGAGGCGUACGACAUGCGCGACGCCAUCUUACCUGUGAUCGACCAAGACUCCUUCUUCGAGAUCCAGCCGCAAUUCGCCAAGAACAUCAUCUGUGGUUUCGCCCGCGUUGAGGGCCGCUCCGUGUGCAUCAUUGCCAAUCAGCCAAAGGUGCAGGCUGGCGUGCUGGACAUCGACUCCUCCGUCAAGGCUGCGCGAAUGGUGCGUUUUGCCGAUGCCUUCAACAUCCCGAUCAUCACCUUCGUAGACGUCCCCGGAUUCUUGCCUGGCGUGCAGCAGGAAUACGGCGGCAUCAUUCGCCACGGUGCGAAGUUGCUGUAUGCCUACGCUGAGGCGACGGUCCCGAAGGUGACAAUCAUCACGCGCAAGGCGUACGGUGGCGCCUACGAUGUGAUGAGCUCGAAGCACCUCCGUGGUGACAGCAACUACGCCUGGCCGCGCGCCGAGAUUGCCGUCAUGGGAGCCGCCGGUGCAUGCAAGCUUCUGUACUCGAAGGAGACGGCGGAGCAGCAGGCGCAACGUGUCGUCGAUUACGAGAAGGCCUUCUGCACCCCACUGUCAGCCGCUCGAAAGGGAUUUGUGGAUGCGGUGAUUGAUCCCAGCCAGACCCGCAUGCGCGUGUGCGAGGACCUGGAGCGCCUGUCCCGCAAGCAGCUCCGCAAUCCAUGGAAGAAGCACGGUAACAUUCCGCUGUAA